CCGCCCGGCUCUGCGCUGGCGGGCAUGCGGUUGGUUUCCCGGGGCACGUUGUUGUCUGAGAGUUAACAGCCGCCCCGGUGACGUGGUUUCACCCCCGAGAUCCCGGGCGCGGCGGGCGGGCAGGCGGCCAUGCACCGGCGCGGAGGCCGGAGAGUAGCGCUCUGAGGCCCCGGCUCCGGCGGCCCUCCCUGCAGGGAUGUUCAAAAAUGAGUACCAGGGGGGGCCAUUUGUUGAAAUCUUCAGUGCCCAGGGCAAAAAUCCUGGAGCAAAAUGGAAGAUCUCUGGCAGUCCAUCUGUAAUUUGGAAAGAGUUUGAUAAAGAAGUUAAAAGUUUUGUCUUUGUCCUUGAAGGCAGUAGCCAGACCAAUAAAAUUCAGUUACCAAAGGAGAAUAAGCAGAUUCUUGGUCUGAUCCAGCGGUUUCUUGUACUUCAGAUCUACGUGCCCCUGGGACAAGACUUCUCUACUGAAUUGCUGAUAACUGAUUUAGGCAACAUUAAACGAAGAUUGUAUUUAUCAACGGUCCAUAAGGAGCUUUCUGCAACCCCUCUCCAUGCAAAAAUUCCACUUUUUAUGAUCAAGCGCAAAAUUUGGUGCAAUCUGUGUAUCGACUUGGUAGCCUUCACCAGUGACAUUUUCAAGGGAGCCGUAUUCCAGUCUUUGGAUGGAAUCAUUGUCUCUGCGAACUGCAAGCUCCGAAAGAUCUUCACUCUGAAGUCAAAGCCUCGAGACACAGCUGACAGAGAUGACAUAUAUGAUGCUCCUUUUACAACAGAUGAGCCUACAGAUAUCAUUCCUCGAAGCUGUCAAUUAACUACAGAUGUACCUCAGGUUACCCAGCUGCUAAAUAUGACUAAGCUUCGCCAAACAGAAAUGAAAUUUGGAGGUCAACCAUUAACAUCAACAGAACCAGAUCAGUUUAUUAACAGAGGAUCAGGCAGUGCACGAAACAGUAAGAAUCAAGAUGUCUCUCACAUUGCAUUUGGAUCUAAAGUACUUGGACCACCUCCACCAUCUGGUAGAAGAAAUAGCAUAAGAACAUCUGGAGAGAUUGUAAAAUCCAGAAGUAGCAGAACUUGCCAACAGCCUACCAUAGAAAAAUGUACCAACAGGUCAGAAAUGUCAAGCCUACAGUUAUAUGAGUCAGAAGAGCAAGGAGACAAAGAAAAUAUUCAUCUGGAAAAGCAAAUUACACCAAUUAAUGCUGAUUCCCAUGUUAUGCAUCCACAUCCCCCUCCAGAACCAUCCGCAGAUAAGACUAACAGUAGACGAAGAUUACGGCUAAAAAGCACCAGCAGAGACAGAACAGAGACCCACAGUGGGAGCUCCUCAGGAAACAGCCAUAAUGAAGAUACGACACCAGCUAAGCUCACCACUGUGUCCCAUCAAAGAAUGAACAGCGCAGUGACAUUGAAUGUCACCUGUCAUCAGCAACUCUCUCCACAUCAAACAGAUGAGUGGGUUUUUCCUGAAAAUUAUGGAGAUCAUUUUCAUUUGUACGCCAGCAACCAAUCCAUAACCUUUGAAGAGGAUUCCUGCGAUCAUUCACACCAGAUGCCAGAAAACAGCAAAGAAAGUGAAAAUAGCCAUCAGGGAGAGGAAAGCCAGAGUAUUUCAAAGGAGAUUUUCACCUUCUCCUCAAGGCCAAGGUCCUUGCCUCAUGGAAGGUGUCAGCCUGCAUUUGCAGAAGAGUGCUCCCUUCUUUUGGAUUUCAACGAGAAUGACAGAGGGAGGAGGAGAGGAGCCCAGUUGGAAGAUGAUUUUUGUGGAGGCGACAGCAGUGAAGAGGACAACCAGAGUCUGUUCAUCCAUGAUUCAGCAGGCCCAACCGCAGGUCCCAACACGGCAGGGUUACGUGAAUCAACAGUUCCAUCUGAGCUGUUCUUAGAAAGGAUUCUGGGGAAGUCUGGAAGCGGGACAUAUAAAGAACGUGUAAAAAGUGCCUGCGUGGACACAUCUGAGUCCAAGUGCCUCAUUCACAAGAGCGCGGGGCCCUCUCCAUGCCUCUCUCCCAGGCUAAGGAGGCCUGAGCUGUCCAGGGAGACUCUGCGCAGAGUCACCAAACCCCAGCAAGUCGCAGCGUCAGUAAACAAAGGUUCCCUAAAAGAGAUCCCAGCGGAAAACGCAGGACCGAUCCCCGACCCAUCUGAAUAUGACUGGACAAACUACCAGCCAAGUCAGAUGAGUGAGUCUGAGCUGCAGAUGCUGGCCAGCAUGAGAAGACAACAGAUAGAAGAACUGGAAGACGUGGGAGCCUCUCAUGGUCUGAGUGCAUCCCAGGUUGACAACUGUAACGUCAGCAUCAGUAGCAGCAGUGAUGAUACCACCACCUGGAACUCCUGCCUGCCACCACCCGUCAAUCAAGGACGUCACUAUCAGAAAGAAAUGGAUCCUCCUUCUCCUUCUAACCCUCGAGAUUGGCUAAAUGUAUUCAGCCCACCUAUUGUCCCCCCAAGCCAGCAGCCUGCAGAACACCUGGAUUCCUCAGGAAGUUCGAGUGUCCAAGGUGAAGAUGACUUAAGCACUGAAGAAGAUGAGGAAGUGCUGACUCUGUUGUAUGAUCCAUGUCUAAACUGCUACUUUGAUCCCCAGACGGGGAAAUACUACGAGCUAGCUUAGCCCCUUAUCCAGGACCCAGGAUGCCUCCACCUCCAGCAAGACAUUAUCUCACGCUUUCACGCUUUGUCAAGUGUUCCCCAAAAUGUGCGUGCACGUUGUGUGGUCACACUUUCAAUCAAAAUAGUUUGGCAGAGAAUCAACCGUGUCUGUAAGUACCACAGAAUGUUCAGAAAUAGCUAUGUCGUUUUUACAGAUUUAUAUUCAUUUAAAACGUUGUGAAGAACUAAUAUAAUGACAAAAUCUUAGGACGUUGGGGGCUUUUUCUUAUUUGUUCUGUAUCAAAUAGAUGAUUUUGUUUAUUUCCUAUUAUAAUCCUUAUGUAAACCAAUUAAGAGUUAUUAAUUCAUAUGUUUUGCAGUGUUAAUUUGUAAAUGAUGGCUUGAUAUCCAGAAACUGUAUUCUUUUCUUACCUGUUAAAAAUCUAUUUGGGUACUUUCUAUUUUAUUAUAUAUUUGUAUUACCAGAAAGAAAAUAAAAUGUGAUAGUCAAAGAAAA